AUGAAUCUCCACUACUCUCUCUCUCUCUCUCUCUCUCUACUCUCUCUCUACUACUCUCUCUCUCUCUCUCUCUCUCUCUCUCUCUCUAUUCAACAGCUCCACGAUUCUCCAUAUCUCUCUUGUUCUUGCUUUUCUUCGCUGUUGAGCACAAAAACAAUUAAAAGUGUCAUGAUCGUAAUAAUAGAUCUGUCUCUGUCCCUUUUGUCUCUCUUUGUCUCUUCUAUCUUUUGUCUCUCAGUUUAUUACAUAUCUCCACCGUUUUUUUUUGUCCCCAUCCUAUUGUUCUUUCUCUUCCUAUUAUUGUUAUUACUAAUAUUCAGAACUUCGGCGGCUAAAAGCUCCAUCAUUCUCUUGGAUCUCAUGACAUUGUGCUAUUCUACUCUUCAUAGGCAGUGGAGGGCUUCAUCCGAUAUUCCCGUAUGGUUCCCCAAUCAUUACUGUGGUCACUUCACCUUGAACUAUAAAAGGAGCCACAAAACUCUUUCAUGGCCCAUCGGAUUUUUGUCUUUCUCCACUUUCUACUAUUUUAUUAUUCUUUUUUUUUUAUCUCUGGAAGUGAAUUCUGUCAUAUCAAGUAAUGACGGGUAA